AUGGAUGAAAAUUUUCUAAUUCAAUUAAUAAAAAUCAAUGUUAAUAAUGAAGAUAUAAUUAAAUUCGAUAAAAGUCGAUUUUCAAUGUUUAAAAGUCUUUUUCGUAUUUUUGGUCUUUCAUUUUUUGAUAAUUUCAUGAAACAAUUAGAUUUACUUGUUCAUCGAAAAAAACACGAAAAACAAGAACAUCGAUUAGCAGCUGAAAUUGUAGCUGGAAUGAUUCGUGGUUCAAAAUAUUGGACAUUAGAUAUGCUUGAUGAAUUUUGGCAUAAAUUAACAUUAUUUCUUAAUGAAGUUUGUGUUAAUCUCAGUCCUGAUUUGUUCAUUUAUUGGGGUUUGUCUUUUCGACAUAGCAUGGAAAAUCAAGAUCCUCGUCGAGUAUUUCAAACAAUUAAUUUCAUUCGUAGAUUGAUCGAUAAUCAACCAAUAAUCAAUACAUUCAAUGAAGCAUUUCGAUCGUAUCUUGUUCAAAGUUUAGCAGCACGAGCUAAAGAAUUACUUGAUCAUCCAUCGAAAUUGAUACGACAAAUGAUCGCUACUGUAUUGCCAGUAGCAUUACAAUUCGAUUUGACAUCAUUUCACGGAAAACCAACACAUCAUCCAACUAUCAAUCAAUUUAUUGAUGAAAUGCAUCAUCGAUUAGAUCAAGCUAUAAUAAUUUGUCAAAGAAAAUCUCUAGUUAAUCAUAUUGCUGGAACUGGUAUCAUGGAUAAUGAAGUUCAUCAAGCAUUGAAUUUAAUCGAGUUAGUUGUUGCAAUACAAGGGCAAUUAUUCGCUACAUGUAAUCAACCCUAA